AUGUCGAACAAUACAGAAUCUAAUGAAACUACUCAGCUUUUACAUAUACUUAAUCGCUCAUUCGCUUAUCCAACUGCUUCUCCAACGCCUUCCGUGGAUGAAAAAGUACCUGAAGAACCCAUAGCCCUAUUAAAGAUUGAUGGUAAUAAAAUUUUUAAGAAGAAAAAUGUAAAUUCAUAUAUCAAUAAUCCCAGUUGUGCUACGACUAAUUGCGAAGUAGUUUUCCGCGAUAAAAAGCCAAAAAUAUGUACUUUGCAAACUGGAUCUCAAAGAGAUAUGUCAUGUUCAAAUUGUGGGACCCUAACAACAACUAUAUGGAGACGAAGUAUACGUGGUGAAAUCGUUUGUAAUGCAUGUGGCUUGUACUUUAAAUUGCAUGGAGUAAAUAGACCUCAUUCCAUGAGAAGAGAUACAAUUCAUACCAGACGCAGGCGUCCAAGGGACUCUGACAAAUUAGAUAAAAAAAAUGAGUUCUAAAUAUGUAUUUUAAAUGUUUUACCUAACUCUAAAAUAAAGCAAUGUGUAAAUUACUUCUUACAUUACUAAAAAAAUAGGAA